AUGGAAAAUCUUCCAGAAAUACAAGUACUGAAUCAAUCUGGUAGCGGUACUGAAUCGAAAAUUACUGUUACAUUGUAUCAACUGGUCAACUGGUGCAAAAUCAAUAUCGCUUUAGCAACUAUUAUUAUUAUUACUGGAAUAUUUUCCAUAAGUUUGCCAAAUUCAUUUGGUCUCUACACAUCAGCUAUAACUAAACUUGCUCAUUGCUUUUGGGUUGGAGGACUGACUCAAACUAGUAAUCAUUGCACAUUAUUCAAGACCGUCGUUUUUAGCCUUUAUGGCAUUUUAGCUUACAGAAACAAAGAAUUUUCGGAGUUGAAGGCAUCCAUUCAUGUAGCAAUUGCUUCCAUUAAUAUCAUGGCUAUCAUCGGUGGAUUUGUUGUUUUAGCAUUCAAUCUAGAAACCGUGAUAAAUUUACCUCAUAAACCUAAUAAAGACGGUACCGAAUCAACAGUUAUUGAUGUUGUUACCGUGCAGGUUUUUCCCAUAUAA